GGCUGCAGUUCUACAACUUGGCCACUAGGGUGCGUCUGGUGAAAACAGACGAACCUGAUUCCAGGACCAAAGCCGAACACUCCCGGAACAAAUAACCACAUGUGGACAUUUCAUUGGACGGAUUUGAGGUUUUCCUGGAUCAUCUGACAGCUUUAAAAUGACCUCCAGUCGCGGAGAAACCGUAUCCGGUUAAAUUCCCGCUAAGAUGAGCAGUGGAGGCAAGCGAGAGAGGGAGACGAAGAGGAAACUGCAGCACUUUCUGAAUGAUUUGGCUCUACUUGGAUCCUUACAGGGUUUUAAAUACUUCCAGCCGUGGCUCAGAGGGAAAGAGGAGCUGCUGCUGACCGUCGUCAACGAGGAUCUGGGUUGUCGUUCUCCUGGUUUUGUGGUGUCCAGAGCUUCCUCACGCUCCUCCUCCUCCUCCUCCACCUCCAGCAGCUUGAACAGCAGUGACAUCUCUCCCAGCAGCAGCUCCCCCAGCCUGGCCAGUGGGAGCAGCUCCCCAGUGCCUGGAGAUCCUGAGGGGCCACAAAGUCCACCGUCUCACAAACACAUCAAGACGCAACCUCACACUUCCAGGGAAUUCAGUGAAGAGCAUCUACUUCCUGCGUCUCCCAGUGAAGGAGAAAUAGCCGUGCCAGAGGUGAACUGCACUCUGUUUUUACUGGCUGGCUACAUCAAGUAUGGACGCCCCUACGCUUGGAUUCGCUCCAACCACGAGCGCCUGGUCAACAUCGGAGGUGCCGACUCGAUGGUUAAGGACACGCCCAUGAAGCUCAAGUCCAUCACAGACUGGCAGACUCGAGGCGUCCGUGUUUGGGACGUGGUCAGUGAGCUGGUUUGUCUUUGCACCGUUCCCUCCCCCUCCAACCCCUUCGCGCUGGACAUGCGCUACGUCAAAAGCCUCCCCGCGCCCGAGCGCUUCCUCGUGACGGGAGCUCUGAUGAGCUUCCUGGAGAUGUACGUGGUGUACGGGGACCGAGACGAGCUGCACUACGACAAAGUGUUGGAGGAGGUGCAGCCUCUGAGGCGUCUGCAUGUCCAGUCCCUGCUGGAGCAGCAACGACUCCGCAAACCCUCCAUGCACGACUCUUCCAGAUGAAGUUCUACUCCUCGACCUCAAGUUUAACCCUUGUGCUAUCUUAGAUGACCCCACCCUUGCAUUGACGUGUUCUCCCUACCAUGAUAAAGGUGGAAAUAUUCCAUGUAAUCCAUGGACACC